AUUUCCUGCAUCCAAUAGAUUCAGCUCAGAUAUCGACCAAUUUUGUUCUCUCCUGGUGAAAUUGUUGACUAGAACAGUAGAACAGAGUUUUAAUGGUAGCACUGACUGGCAAAAAUAAAAUGUGUUUCAUAGAUAGUUCUCUACCUAGGCCAAUUAGUACCGCUGCACUGCUGGAAAGGCUUGAGAAAGGCUCAACAAUGCUAUAUUGGAAUAGAUUCUUGCGGCUCUUGAAGAGUCUAUUGAUAAAAUUGUGAUGUUGUGAAAAGCUGCUAAAGAUAUCUAGAAUGAGUUACUGGAUAGAUUUGGGCAAAGUUCAAAAGGUCAGUUGAUUUCUCUUCAGGAGUUGAACAAUUUUGUUCAAACACCAAACAUGUCUAUUGCUGUGUUUUUCACCCAAAUAAAGACCUUAUGGGAUGAGUUAGAUAGUUAUAUGGAACGUGUCAUGAAGCCCCGUUUCCACUAUAGGAAACGUUCGUCCCGAAUCACGGGUCACUCAUGACCCAGGUUGCUUAACAACCCCAUCCCAAUUCUUGGAGCACAUCUGUGUGAGGAUCAUUGUUAUCAGUUGAGAAACUAAAAUGUUAGUAAUAAGUGUAGCAUUGUUCAGGAAGCAAUAUAGUGGCAUUAGAGUAGGAUAGUUUUGGUUGGGUGUCAAGAGAAUCCGAGUCGGCUUCUCCUUUUGUCCCAACCAAAGCCAACUUGACUUAAGACAGAAAUAAGUAUUUUGUGGUAGUAACUUAAGCCGACUUGGCUUUCAUGCUUGAUCACCAUGAAGCCAAGUCGGCUGCAGGGUGUUAUUGGACAUUUUGUUCGUUGCUUUGUUCUAGGCAUAUGCUACUGUAAGUAUUAGUGGGUAUAUAUGUCAGAAUAAUGAACAGUGCGAAAUUCCUCUAUGCUGUAUAUAAAAUGGAGAAUAUAUACGUGAAUGCCAAUUUUUAGAAUUGGCAUUUUAAUAUUUCGAAUGAACAUUUUAAUCUUUAGAAUUGAGCAUUUAAACUUUGGAAUUGAGGAAUUGACAUAUUAUUGACUUGUUAUUUUUGGAUAGCAUAUACAAUGACUUUUGAAUAUUAGCAAAUACCCCAUUUAAUCUUGUUAUUUAACAAGUACAAUUUUGAAAAUUUAAAACUAAAAUUAUUAAUAUUUGCACAUUUAUUUUCAAACGUGAAGAUAUGAAGAUUGAUUAUAACUUUUUAUUUAGUUUUUAUGCACAUAUUUAAUUUUUAUUUGCAAUUUAAUUCGAUUCACACAUUUCUCUAACUAUCUCAUAAUAUUUACUUUCAUCUCCCUUUCCUUGGUUUGUCAAUCAAAUAUUUAUAAAGCAAAUUUGGUGGGAUAAAAGGAGUACCAUCUUUCACCAAUCACAUACUUACAUAUUUCAAAUUUUCAUAAUCGUAAUUUAUAAAUAAGUUAUUGAUAUAUAGGUAUAGAGGUUUAAACUAAUUACUAAAAGCUUUGUCGUUUCAUUAUUAAUAAAGAAGUCAAAUAAACAUCAAUUCACAUAUUUAAACUUUUGAAACAAAUAAAUUAUAACUAAGUAAUAAAUGUUUUAGUAUAUCAAAGUUUAUUUAUAAAAUCAUACAAUCUUACGAUUUAAUCUCACAAUUUUGAUCCUAUCACUAAAAGAUUCCAAGUACUAUUCUGAUUUAAACAACUUUGGUCACCUCCCACCAACUGCCAGUCCUAGGAAUAAGAAGGGUAAGUACCAACUAAAUACUGCUUGUUCUUCCCUCCUAAUCCCCCAAAAAAGUGCACCACUAUCUACACCUUUGUAAUAUUCCAAAUGAAUAAAAUAGACUAUGUAUUCUCUUUGUCAUACUUAUAAGCAUGAUCAUGUUCCCUUUUCUCCAUUUCAUACAUAUAUCAAACAACAAACAUUAUUUGUCUAAAAUACUGAUGAUAUGGAUGAACAAGGACAAAUAAUUGUAAGCUCUGACCAUGACAUUGUUCCUUCUAAUGCUUCCCAACAAGAAGAAACAGAAGUGCAAGUGCAAAUUCAACAAGAAGAUCAUCUGCAGCACACAAACAACAGCCCAAGUUAUGUUAAUUACUUUUGCUUUGGUUCAACUGAUCUUACUAAUGAUUUUUGGUCUUGCUUCAUUGUGAUUUUGACCUUUUGGGUCUUUGCAUCCAUGAUUCUGUUUAUGGGGUUCUAUGGAUCAUUCAACUUGCAACUGGGCCCAAAUUGUUCAUUCUUGAUCAAAGCAAAUCCUUUUUUUGUUAAUUCCAUCAAGGCACAACAAAUAAAGGAUAGAACCGCCGGGCUUAUGCUUUACGGAUUCAAUUACAAUCCUUUACAUGAUGUUCAAACCACUUGGUCUAUAUGCCUUACAGAAUAUUUGGAGCCUGAGUCUCAUAAGGAAUGGGCAUACUACCUAAAUGCUGGAUCUCGAGUUGAUGUAUCGUACGAUGUGAAAUCACCUAGCUCUGCUUCACUAUCUCUUAUAAUUGCCCAAGGAAGAGACAGUCUACUUCAUUGGAUACAUUCUCCUGUCUAUCCAAACACAACAAUGUCUUGGAACAUUGUCUAUGGAAGUGGAAAAAUCACACAGGCUAUUCAAGAAUCUGAUACCUACUAUGUGGGGGUAGCAAACGUGAACCUUGACAAAGUAGAGGUAUACAUGAACAUCACCAUAAAAUCUCUUCUUUAUAACACUAGCAACGCGUCUUUCAAAUGCUUGUUAAGAAGUCAUGUUUGCAGUUUCAAGCUUAUGUUUCUGAACCCAAAUGCAGUUGUCCUAACUACUUCAGGUUCUCCACAGGUUAAGACUAAGAAUGAUUAUUGGUUCAUCCAAAUUUCAUUUGGACCACAAUGGAUCACAUAUUUCGGUGGAUCAUGUUUAAUAGCAGCAGUCGUUUUAGUACUAUUCCGAUGCUAUAGUAUUGGAAGCGAAACUAGAGACCAAGGGAACGUAACUGUGACUGAUAGAGAGCCAUUGCUUUCCCCCAAGAACAAUGAUCACUCGAAUUGGGGCUCAUCAUAUGACUCGAUUCCCAGUGAAGAGGAUCAAGGUGUUGAAGAGAAGAUGAUUUCGAAGGGUUCUUUCGAAGGAAAAGAAGCAGAAAUUCAUAGUCAAAGUACUCGUCGUUUAUGUGCCAUAUGUUUUGAUUCUCCUAGGGAUUGUUUCUUUCUUCCUUGUGGGCAUUGUGCUGCUUGUUUCAGCUGUGGAUCAAGGAUAGCGGAAGAGGCAGGGACUUGUCCAAUAUGCCGUAGGAAGAUGAAGAAAGUGAGGAAAAUAAUUGCAGUGUAAUGCAGUAUUGUAGAUUGUUUUUGGCAUGUAACAAGGAUUUAAAGUCUAUUACAGAUAGUGUAAAAAGUUUGGUUGAAGCCCUUGCAUUUUGAUAUGCUACCCAUUUAGCAGUUAACAAUCAUUUCCAUCCAUAUUCUCUAUUCUUUUAACUUCAACUUUUAGCUAAGUUGGAGUAUAAAUGAUAGUACAAAGUACAAAC